AUGCUUUUAGCAAAUACGGUAAUUUACAAGGAUAUAGAGUUGGAUCAAACAUUCAAUAAAAUUCAACGAAUAAAACUUUCAAUAGUGCAACCCUUAAAUAAUAUAAAUAAAGGGUAUGACUGGAGUAAAUCAUUCCUUCAACAUUUUAAUUUAAUUACACAAAUGGAAAAAUAUCAAGCAUUUUAUGAAAAUAAUUUGGAAAUAAUUAAAAAUAAAAGGGGUGAUUUAAUAAAUAAAAAAACAGAAUUAGUUAAAAAUGAUGCUAAAUUGCAAAAAAUGAAUAAUGAUUUGAACGAGUCUAUUGCUGAUCAAGAGAAUUUAGAAAAAAAAUUUGAGGAGAUUAAAAGUGCUUAUUGGGCUGAUGAUAAUAAACAUUUUGAAGAGCUUUGUAGAGAAUUGGAAAUUGAUUUGGAAGAAAAUGAUGAAGAAAUGGAAGAUGAGGAAGAUAAUUAUGAUGAAAUAUUUAUGGAAAAAAGUGAGGAGGAAAUGGUGAGAGAGGAAAAAGGGGAAUUAUCAGAAAGAGGAGAAUCCUCGGAAAAAGGAGGGGUUUCUGAAAGAGGAGAGACCUUUGAAAGGGGAGAGUCUUCAGGAAGAGGAGAGUCCUCAGAAAAAGGAGAGACUUUGCUUCCAAAAGACAAUUUUUAA